AUGCCAUCCACGCGGGAUGAGGAUUACCCCUUGAUGGAGAACAUGCCCCGCGCGAAUCGAUUCAGGAACGUCACCUUGGGCCAUUUGAAGAACUUCAUUGGGGGCGAUUACGGCUCUCAAAACUUGUCAUCGGUGCUCUACGAAGCUCGAGAUGGCUCGGAGUCUGCCGUCAAACUCGAGGUCUGGUCGGCCCCUGACUUGUCAAAACCUAGCUUCGCUGAAGCGGUCCGUCAAAAAUAUAAGAAAAUCUCCAAAGGAUUUAAAUUUGGUCCAAGUUGGUCUAACCAUUGGGUGAAGGCGACCUUAACGGUCCCGAAACAGUACCAAGAUCGAGAACGGGUCCUAUUUGAGUUUGAUCCGGGAUGCGAAGCUCUCAUCUUUACGUCUGAAGGCUUGCCACUUCAAGGGAUCACCGGUGGCACGGAUAGUGCCAAAAGGAUCGACUUUAUUAUUCCAAAGCAAAGCCGAGCGUUUCCCUUCCAAAUUUACAUUGAAGUUUCUGCCAAUGCAUUGUUUGGAGUGCCUGAUGAGGGCCAACUCGAGGUUCAUGAUGAUGUGUUUUUCGAGUUGGCUAUGGCUGAUAUAGCCAUACCACGCAUGGACGCUUGGCAUUUAAUGUGGGACUUCCAAGUGAUCUCGGACUUGACCAAAUCUGUUCCGGUGACCAGUCCGAUUUGUCUCAAGGCUCAAACUGUGGCGAUGGAGAUCAUGAACACCUUCAAACCCGACAACUUGGAGACCAUUUCUGCUUGCCGAAAGAUCGCUGAAAAGAUCUUGGGAGCCGAGUGGACUCAAAAGCCCAUCUAUGAUCCCAAGUCUGAUUGGGACCUCGAAGGCGACUCGGAAGGCGUCCCAGUGUUUGCUAUCGGGCAUUGUCACAUUGAUACCGCCUGGGAAUGGCCUUUUUCCGUCACCCAACAAAAAGUAGCGCGUUCAUGGGCAACUCAGGUGGACUUGAUACAGCGCUAUCCGGAAUACCGUUUCGUAGCCUCGACAGCACAGCAGUACAAGUGGCUCGAGGAGCUCUAUCCGCAAUUGUUUUCUAAGGUUCGACGAGAGGUGGAGAAUGGGAAGUUCUUUGUCACUGGUGGCUCGUGGGUCGAAAAUGAUACGAACAUGCCUUCGGGUGAAGCGCUCUGCAGACAAUUUUUAUACGGCCAAAGGUAUUUUAAGUCUAGGUUUGGGAAAUACACGGAUAUCUUUUGGCUGCCAGAUUCGUUUGGUUAUGCCUCGCAAAUCCCUCAGAUUUGUCGCCAAUCAGGAAUCCCAUAUUUCUUUACUCAAAAAAUGUCCUGGUCCGAGUUCAACAAGUUUCCGCACUCCACUUUCAAUUGGAUCGGGAUCGAUGGCACUCAAGUGCUUGUUCACAUGACCCCGGUCGAUACCUACAAUGCUCAGGCUAACGUUGAUGAGGUCUUGAAGGCGAUCACUAAUCACAAAGAUCUAGAAUGGUCCGACAAAACUUUACUGGUUUAUGGAAAUGGCGAUGGUGGAGGUGGACCUCUUGCUCCGAUGAUCGAGAAGCUGCGUCGAAUUCGCUCAGCCUCUAACAACUCUUCAAACUCAGGAGUGCCGAAAGUUACAACGGGACCAUCGGUAUCUGACUUCUACAAGAUGCUGUUGAAUAAAACUCGAAAUGGAAAGGAUUUGCCCACUUGGAGAGGCGAGUUGUAUCUUGAGUACCAUCGAGGAACGUACACUUCGCAUGGGUCAAUCAAAAGGCAUAACCGCAAAUCAGAAAUAUUGAUGCGAGAGAUUGAGUACUUUGCUACUCUGGCAUCUUUGUUUCGCGAGGAUACCGGUUAUGAAUAUCCCAAGGAUGAACUGGACCAUUUGUGGGAAAUAGUACUCCUUUGUCAAUUCCACGAUGUUCUUCCUGGGAGUGCGAUAGCCAAGGUAUAUGAAGAUGCAGAAAAGCUCUACGCCGAAGUUGCCCAAAAGGGAACAGCGCUGUUAGAAGCUGCACGACAAUCGGCACUCUAUGGAAGUCAAGCGGUCGAUGUGGUCACAGCCUCCUCAAACAGAGGCGGGAAUGUCGUCGGUUUGAAUACGCUUUCGUUCCCGCGUCAAGAGAUUCUUCGGGUCCCGCUCGAGAUAUAUGAUGGUCGAUCUGCAUUCUCUGCCAGCAAGACAGACGAAGACUCUGUCUUCGUGAUUGCUAAGGACGCCACUGGCAACGGGUUGAUCGAGCUCGAAAGCUUGUCCCACUUGCAAGAACAUAUUCAACUCGCUACCGCUUCUGUUGGCAGAGAUGUGAAGACGGGCGAAGUGUGCUACUUCUUGGCUAAUAAAGCUUUGACUGUUCAAAUCUCAUCUCAGGGGAGAAUUGUUAGCAUCGUCGAUACCGAAUUAGGACGAGAAUUAAUUCUCUCUGGGCAGUCGUCCGGUUUUGUGAUGUACCAAGACCAACCGCUCACUUACGAUGCCUGGAAUGCCGACAUCUUCCAUCUCGAUACGAAGGAGAUUAUCGAUGCGAUCAACGUCAAAGUGGUGGAACCUAAAGGCUUGCGAGCCAGUAUUGUAGUGGAAUGUGCAACUAUUUCUCUUGAUGCUGUACCGGGUUCUCUCAAGAAAGACGCCUUGUCCCUAGUCCGAUUCGAGACAACCAUCGAUUGGCACGAGCAACACAAGUUCUUGAAAUUCGAGGUGCCCUUAGACAUCAAUUCGGAUCAGGCCACCUACGAAAUCCAAUAUGGCGUCUUGCAGAGACCGACGCAUAAGAACACUACUUGGGAUGCGGCCAAGUUUGAAGUGUGUGGUCACCGCUUCGCCGAUCUCUCCGAGUUUGGAUAUGGAGUGGCGCUUUUGAAUGAUUGCAAAUACGGUUAUGCAUGCGAAGGGUCAUAUCUAAGGCUUUCUUUGUUAAGAGCAUCGACGAGUCCGGAUCCAAGACAAGACCAAGGGAUGCACAAGAUGCGAUUUGGGAUCCUACCUCAUCGCGGCCAUUUCUUAGAGAGCGAUGUGCCUCAAGUCGCAAUGGCCUUCAACAAUCCCAUCCAUCUCAGAUAUGCUCCUCGGAACAUCUCGUCCAGGAACCUCUUGGCUCCGGUGACUGAAAUCUUCAAGCUGGAUGGAUUGGGCGCCCGUAACGUGAUUCUGGAUACUGUCAAGAGGGGCGAAGAUGAUACGUUCGGCUUCCAUUCUCGCAAACCCGUCAGAACUGUCAUCGUCCGAUUGUAUGAAGCGUUCGGAGGUCGCGCAAACGUUCAUUUAGUCACUUUGGUCAAGGCCCAAGAAGUGUUUAUCGUCGAUGUGCUUGAACGAGAGCUCGAAAAAGUCGAGCUCAAGAAUCAUCAACAAUCGAUUACAGAUGAUCAGGAACCUUACAAACAAGUGGUUGAAUUAAACUUCAAGCCAUUUCAAUUCAUCUCUCUCAAGUUCAUUCUUUCUUGAAUCCUCUUACUCUAAAAUCUUCUCACUUUCUUUCUGUCAAGUCCACUUGAAAUCUACAAAUCACUUUCUCAACUGAACCCC